AUGCUGGAGCUGCAUAAAAGUGAUCCAAUCGAUGGUCCAAGCUUGAAUCCUCACCUACUAUUUGAAAAACCAACGUUUGAUAAGGUUCAGUCAGAAUUACUAGAAUUCUUUCUUGAUGUAACGGGUACAGGGGAAGAGAUACGGAAUUUCAAUAACACCAAGCCGUUUGAUGAGUUGUUAUACCAUCUUGAGACUAGUUUCACCAGAAACUAUGAGUACGGUGAGAAUAAAGAGAUUAUAGACUCGUAUUUAAAAAUCCCUUCGGUUGUUGUGCUACAUUUAUUAUUGACAUUAGCUUCACGAUGCCCCAGAAGUAAUUGGACUAAAAGAGGCUCCUUCUUUGAAGGUAUUCAGUCAACUCAUGAAUAUGUUCAGACUUUCAAUCAUGAGUAUGACAAUUGCGUAUAUAAACCUCCUCUAAAAGAUCGAUCAUUAUACAUAUUGCAAAAAUAUCUAGACGUGAUAUGCUCGAUAAAUCGUGGUGAAGAAUUGAAAAGUUCAACUCUACAAAUUUAUAAAAAUCUCCUUACAGUCCUUAAUGAUACUAUAAUACGACGUCCCUCAAUCAACACUCGCCCCCAACUUAAGUCUCCUACGAAGAGGAAAAAGCCAUCUAAUGUAUCUUCUAAGUCCAAUAAAAUUGAUAUCACUAGCAUGUUUAAAUCAAAGUCCCAGAGGACAAAAGCUGACUCCGAUACUAAUGAUAAAGAUGAUGAACCACAAGAAGAUUUCUCUCGGCUAAAGUAUAGUAACAUGACGGACUUCAAUGAUGAAGUAAUAAGCAAUUCGGAAGAUGAAGAAGACAUUCUUGGAACGGAUAUGGUUGAAGAAAUUUUGAAGUACAAAGGUAUGAAUCAGACCCCUCUGAAGACGGAAAAAGCGUUUCAAGACAGUAUUUCCAGCAACAAUAAAGCUUCGGUUUUAUUUCAAUCAAUGUCUGAAAACUAUAUAUCGGAAGUUUCUGAUCUGAAGAUGCCAGCUUCAAAUAAUCUGUUUAUCAGUAGCCGGAUUUCAAAUCCUAGUAUUGCCAAGAUAAAUCUAUUUGAUGAAGAGCUAUUAGCAAUUAGUUUGAACCGUCCUAAAAGAUAUAAUCUAUGGAGCUUGAUGCAAUGGAUGUUUUCGUGUGCAGAUAAGUCUACAAAAUAUCAAAAAUACCUAUUUGAUUCGGCUGGAACUAGCUAUCAUAGUUUAUAUCUGACUUAUAAAGGAGUUUUACAAUUUAUUUUUAAAUUCACCGCUUUUAAUUUUCUUUAUGAGUUAAACAACUUGUUGAAUUCUUCUGCUUCCCCCGGCGACGAUUUAAUCGAACGAUUCGAAAAUAGUACAAGGCAAACCCAACUACUUUCAUGUAUGAAUAAUGAUAACAGGUUUCUUCUACUGCUGAUAGUUACUCAGUUAGGGAUAAGUCCUAAUGAUUGGCAUGAUAGGGCAGUUGAAUAUCUAUUUACAGGUCUUGAAAUCCCAAGUAGUUAUGAACCUCAACCGUGUUACGAAAGAGAAAAAUUAUUGAUUAAGCAAGAUUCAUCAUUGAUAAAUAAAGGCAAGGGAACUGCAAUUGAGUACGACGAUAACGUGGAUUCUAUGGGAUUCCGUUAUGAAGCUUUGCUUAUUUUGUAUAUCAGAUCAUUAUUUUUCGAUUCCAAUGAUAUUGAAGAUAAACCUACCGCAUAUUCUGACCAGUUUAUCAAAUUGUUGGGUAAUGCAUUACUAAAGAUCAAGUUUAAAUAUUUUGAAGCUUUUUUUAAAGCCCAUGGAAACAAUUCUAUCUCUGUAAUCAUCCCUAAAAAAUAUGAAAAAAAAUUCAUUUUUAGUCUAAUUGAUUAUUUAAUUACUGAAAUUACAAAGCUUGUUGAAAUUUACGAUAUACUUCCUAAUUUGGAUGAAAGUUCGGAAGAAAUUGCAAAAUCUGUUGAAUUCUUCAUUUUAGAAGAGUACAUCUAUCAAAGCGUUACAGACGAUGUUACACAUGAAUCCUGGGAAAGCUUCAAAUGCAUUUGGCUUAAACUUAAUUUUCUUAUUGCAACAUAUUUUUACUAUCAAAUAAUGGAUAUUGGAUUGAAUGACUUUUCCAGUGAUUUUAUUGACAAGAUUAAAAAACUUGACAAUUUCAGAAUAGAUCUAUAUAAUGCAUUCAUUGAAAAGCAUUCAUCAAAGUCUACCUUUCACGAUGAUUACAACUUUAUGAUUGACGAAAAAGAUAAGGAUCGAUAUUUGAUAACUGAUACUUCCGAGGUUCCUUGGGUCAAUUUCAAACUCUUAGUAGAUUUAAAAAUGGCUUCGCAAAAGUAA